UCGGCCGGGGAUCCGCAUCCUCCCGCGACCCCCGGGGCCACGGCCGCAUGCCGCCCCGCAGCGCCUGGCGUCCUCCGCGCGCCCGGAGGAACGAGGAUGGACGGGUCUGACUUUUACCCUGGAUGGUCCCCCUUCGACUUGCACAACAGGUUUUAUAAAUACACCAACCGUGUGCAUAAGCGGCCAAGGUGCGGACCUGGGCCCCUUUCCCCCACUUGCUUUGCCGCGUUUUGGAUUUUCUUUGCUUUCACCGAACACCGAUGAACCCUGCUUGGAACGUCCCUGCUUGGGGCAAAGGAAGGCCGGUUCAACCGGGCUAGUGGAUAGGUCCCAGGUAGAAGUGACCCCUUUGGCUGCGUGAUGCGCGCCCAAAGAACUUGGGAAACGCAGAUGACAGGGGUGCAAUUACUGGACAAUUAGUGGACAACAGUAAUUAAGUGUCAUUGGUGACACAUCUCAGUUGAAAGGUGGAGGCACCAGAAGGGACUCCCUGUGUGGUGAAGGAGCAGUCCCAGGUGUUACCUGUAGCCUGUGUUUGACGGGGGAGCGGGACUGAGCUGAGGUGAGUGUGGCCCGAAUGCAGUCAGGGACACCUGGCCCAGCAGCCACCUUGGCGUCGCCCAGGUGGAAUCUCCCCGUCAGUUUAGGGCCUGAUUGAACGUUACCGUGCAUCAUUGUUCUUUCCCCUCAGUAGACAUUAUGCCACAGAAGUAUUUUCUUGCUCCAGUUCUAGUCGAAUCUAACCAGUGUUCUAGAAGAAAAUGUCCUGCCCGGAUGCAGUUUCCUUAGAAUUGCGGGAUGCCGCUCAAACUGCUCCUGUGGAGAGCUUUGUCUGCGGCUUGGACCAGGCUGAGGCUUUGGGGGUGAUGUCUGGAUCCUGCCAAGGACGGUAGAAGGAAGUCGCGAAGAGAAAACAUCAACACUCCCUAGCCUGUGACGUAACUGGGGUGGGGGAGGGGAGGGGGUGCAGGGCUCCCCAUCCCUGCCCCGCAGAGACCCAAACUGGGGAGAUGCUGAUCAGUCCCGCUGUUCCACUGGUGUUUUUAUUUUAAAACAAACCCCGGUACAGGUAACAGCGAAUUCAUUUUCUUUUUCUUACUUUCCUGAAUUACAACAGCUUUGAGAAAGAAAAGACCUGCGGAAGGUCUGACUAAGCACUUCAAUGGGGUGAACAGAAAAUUCUUGCUUGCAAACCCUCACUAUGCAUCUUUGAUCCAAUCUGAAUAUUCCAGGAGCUAUGAGUAGUCUGUAGACAUUAGUUAAAAUGUUAAACAGAAUAAAAUGGUGGGAAAAUAAUUUUCAACGCACGUGUCUUGGCCAUGAGGACAUAAUCCUCCCGAUGGCUACGUUAAGAUAUAUUAAGAUUUCUGUUUAACUUGCUUGAACUGUGAGAAUGUAUGGGCCCACAGAGUGCCUUUUCCUUUUUUAUUUUCAUGGGCAUUCAACUCAAGGUAGACUUAAAUCUUUGGAAAGGGCACAGGUUUGCUUGAAUGAACAGAGACUGCUUGAUGGAAAAUUUAACUCUUUGAAUUCUUUUCUUUUUUAAAAAAUAUUUAUUUUUGAGAGAGAGAGAGAGGGACAGAGCACAAGCAGGGGAGGGGCAGAGAGAAUGGGAGACACAGAAUCCAAAGCAAGCUCCAGGCUCUGAGAUGUCAGCACAAAGCCCAACACAGGACUCGAAGUUGGGAACGGCGAGAUCGUGACCUGGGCCGAAGUUGGACACUUAACCGACUGAGCCACCCAGGAGCCCCAACUCACUGAAUUCUUAAAUGGAUUAAGAAAUACGUGUAAUUCUAUGAAUUGUCCAUGCUUCUAUUUAGACUACGUGGAUAGAAAAAAGUUCUUUCAUUUUUAUUGAGUUAAUUUUGAAGAAGUACAUAAACCCUAAAUCCAUUUUAACACAACCUGUUACUCUGAAAGGACAGGUGAUGACAUUUUAAGUCAUUACAUUUAAAGGACAACCUAAGGUUGUCCCCAGGAAGACCUGGAUAUCUGUUGAGAGACAACAGAUAUAGAUUCUUCUUGAUUAAAGAGUUUGAGAUUUUUUUAGACUGCCGAUUUGAGGGAGAAAAGAGCAUAUCCAGUUUUUCAAAUUCCCUUACCCCCUUUUUUAAGGAAUGGGCUCGAGGUUUGGGAUUGGGGAUCACAAUUAUGAUCUUUGAUAGGGGAAAGAAUCUACAUUAAAGAUUUUAGUUUUUUAGUUUUAUUUUAUUGGUAUAUAAAGUAAGAGGCAUCAGGAAACUGGCGGCCUCUAGACUCCCUCAUAACAGUUCUGGGGAUAAAGAAAAACACCCACAAAGGUCAUGCAAUAGACACGUGGGGAGUAGUUCAAUGAACAUGGCCACAUCUACUAUUUUUCCCUCAACAGGUGACACCCUCACUGACCUCCAGAAACUGCGUAGAGAUUUAUAUUCAUGUCGUUACUGUGCCCUGUUGCCUUCUAAGCAAUCAGAUGGUGUAGAAGAAAGCCUGAACCCUUGAAGAGGGAUCCUUGCCCUAAUUCUCCUCCAGGCCAAUACCCUGUGACUCCUUGGAAGAAUAAGCCAACACAAUGGACUGGGGUACCCUGCACACGUUCAUCGGGGGUGUAAACAAACACUCCACCAGCAUCGGGAAGGUGUGGAUCACCGUCAUCUUCAUUUUUCGCGUCAUGAUCCUCGUGGUCGCCGCUCAAGAGGUGUGGGGUGACGAGCAGGAAGAUUUUGUCUGCAACACGCUGCAGCCAGGGUGCAAAAAUGUGUGCUAUGACCACUUUUUCCCUGUGUCCCACAUCCGGCUGUGGGCCCUGCAGCUCAUCUUCGUGUCCACCCCGGCCCUGCUGGUAGCGAUGCACGUGGCCUACUACAGGCACGAGGCCGCCCGCAAAUUCAGGCGAGGAGACAAGCGAAAUGAAUUCAAAGACCUCGAAGACAUUAAAAAGCAGAAGGUCCGGAUAGAGGGGUCCCUGUGGUGGACGUACACCAGCAGCAUCUUCUUCCGCAUCAUCUUCGAAGCAUCCUUUAUGUACGUCUUUUACUUCCUUUACAACGGGUACCACCUGCCCUGGGUGUUGAAAUGUGGGAUUGACCCUUGCCCCAACCUUGUCGACUGCUUUAUCUCGAGACCUACUGAGAAAACCGUGUUCACCAUUUUUAUGAUUUCCGCAUCUGUGAUUUGCAUGCUGCUUAACGUGGCCGAGCUGUGUUACCUGCUCCUGAAAGUGUGUUUUAGGAGAUCAAAAAGAGCACAGACACAGAGAAAUCACCCCAAUCAUGCCCUAAAAGAGAGUAAGCAAAACGAAAUGAACGAGCUGAUUUCAGAUAGUGGUCAGAAUGCGAUCACAGGCUUUCCAAGCUAAACAUUUCAAAGCACGGUGUAGCCGACUCGUAACAAAAGUGGUGUCUUCUCCUGAAGGCAAUGCCCACCUAAAAAUCCCCUCUAUAGACUGAAGACUUUGUCUUUAUAAAUGGCUUUCAUAAUCCAUAGACACUUGCGUUAACUUUUUCUAGAAUAAUUGGUGCAGUAAUACGCAAUGUAGUCGAGUAUGUGGCCCGUCUCUGAAAACUAAGACAGGAUUGCCACUGUGCCUUGAAGUAACCUUAACACAUUAAAUGGACUGUCUUACUAGGUGUUUCCCGAAAAUUGUGUAACUGUUGUUGGUAAAGAACAUUUAUCUAGAAAUUGAUACUUUGAUUAGUAAAAGGUAUUUUUAUAGGAUUGGAGGUUUUAGUUCUGACUUUGAAUUCAUAUAAAGUAUUUUUAUAAUGACUGGUCUCUCUUACCUGGAAAAACAAACGAUGCUAGCGUUAGGAUGGUGCCACACGAUCUAAAUUUCGAGCUUGUGGAGAGUCCGCCUUGUUGUAAGUAGCGUGUUGUGUGGUCUGCUGACAAAUGUACGAGCUGUCGUGAUACUCUUAAGGUGGACAUUGGUCAUCGUACAACACGUUUUUAUCGCUUUCCGAAUGUAGACAGAGCUGUACGGGGAAGCGGGGCGCUUCUGGAAACUGGCCGAUGUGCAGCCGUGGCGAACGGCCGAAAGCAGAGCGCUCGCCUCAAUAAAGAUCAGCCCGUGGCUUACCUUUCGCA